UUUAAUACUUUCUGUGUUGGUAAUGGCUGAAUAACUAUAGCUGGAGUUUGGAGGAAUUAUUUACUGUAUUUCGUGAAAUACUAAGCUCUUUUCAUGUGAUAAUUGGGAAUAGUAUUUAAGUUCAUAUAAUAGAAAUCUCUACUAUAAAAAUGUGUUUAGAGGGCUGGAGAGAUGGCUCAGUGAUUAGGAGUAUUGGCUGCUCUUCCAGAGGUCCUAAGUUCAAUUCCCAGCAACCACAUGGCAGCUUACAACCAUCUCUAAUGGAAUCUGAUUCCCUUUUCUGGUGUGCAUGGGAACAGAGCACUCAAAUACAUAAAAUAAAUAAAUAUUUUAAAAAGUGUGUUUAAGGAAAGUAGAAGUUCAUUUCACUGCCCUAUAGAAGACCCAAUAUGUCUUACUUAAAUGGUCAAAGGUAGUUGUUAAGUUCCAACAGGACAGCAGUGCUCACUGCGGGAGGCAGUAGACAAGCAGCUCUUUUGCUUCAGUCUAGUUCUUUAAAGCGUCGUUGGGCGUGUGGAGAAUGUAGUCUUUAUUCAAAGUAGUAACAUACUUGGGUGGAAGCAAUAUUCUCUUAGUAAGUAGGGGAGGGAGCAGACACCUGGGCAGCUGGCUGUCGUUACUUCAUUGGUACAUCACGCAGACCUUUGCCCAAUUAUAACUCUUUCAAGCACACAUUCACAUGUGCUCUUCUGUGUCUGACACAAGCAACAUGUUGAAAGAAGGUUUUUUCCCCUUGCUUAUAGGGCAGGAUUUUUUUUUUUUUUACCAGCCCUCACAUAGUUAAUGUACAGAGCUAAUUGCAUGUAAGCAUUGAGUUGUAGGAAUUAAAAAAAAAAGCCUGAAAUGUUGGGCACACUGUUUUCAUCAUGUGCUUUUCCAGGCUCAGGGGAAUGUUCUCUAGCACAUGUCCUCAUUGAGUGAAUGGAGCAGUCAAGGUUGCUUUUCAGGCUGUCUGUGUGGGAGACUGUACGUGUUAUCAGGUCUCUGCAGAACCCCAAAAACCAAACCAAGAUGUCAAGAUGGCAGUUCAUGGAGAAAACUCUGGAAUUCUAACAACUUACUCUCUGAUACUAAUGUUUUCUCUAAGGAAAUCUCCACUAACAACAAAAUUGUACAGCAAAAUGCAUGUCAGGGUUGAUUUUUCAAAAGCACAUUAAAUGUAACCCAAAUUAAUUUGUGCUGUGUGUUUAAAGUUAUAUAUCAGAAUAUCCUGAAUAGUACUGAUCUUCAUGCUCUUGAAUCCUCACUACAGUUGCUUUUUCUCUUGUAUGUUGUAUUUUAACUAAUGCAGAGAUUAUUGGGAAUUAAGAUAAACAAAGAUGAGGUAGUUCUGGAAACAUGGUAACUUGAACCUUUACUCCCUAGUUUAUAAUUCUUCUCUAUCUGGGAGCUUACAAGGCUUUGGAUUCUAACUGGAAUGUCAAGGAGAGAGAUUUGGGGCAGAGUUGGGUUUCACAUGAAAAGAACUGCAAGUGUCUGGACCACCUUCAGAGCCCUAUGACCAGUAGAAACAAUCGUCUCAGAACUUCGGCACAGAGAUCUGUGGACCCUCCGGGCGAGAUCAACAGAUGUCAUUUGUGGUCUGCCAGGGUUCUCUGUUUCUCUAGUCCAGAAGUAGUUGUACUGCUUCAUGUUGGCAUGGGAGAACAUGAAGAUUUCCUUGGCUUCAGCAGGUAACUGGCAGCCUUCUUGUUACUUUAAGGCUGCACAGAGAAGCACGGAGACCUUGACUUGUAGAAAUACCAUUUCAGAGUGAGUACUAAUCAACAGAAACAACAUCCCAGCCAGGGAUCACCAUCAGCCAGAGGGCGAUAAGUCAACUGGCAACACAUUCAUAAGAGAGAGCUGUUAGAGGGAGAGUAACACCUCGGAUACACAGAAAUAUCAAGUGCUUACAGAAAUGCAUGGAUAACGCGUAAGCACAAGACCUGCUAGAUCUUACCUAACAAAGAAGACAUGCUUGCUGGGGACGCCGUGUGAUGACGUAGGGAUGUUAGCACACAUGCUCCAACCGUCCCAGCUGCAAGAAGGGCACUGCGGCGCGCCUUUCUACAUUGAACUCCAGUUGGGAAAGCUCUAUUUUUCAUGAUGAGACCACGCUUAAGAAAACUCCCACAACGCAGGACUCGUGAGGAAGCUACUCUGAGCUGUAGCCAGAGGCCUGUAGGAGAUGCCCUGAACCUUUGUGAACGGACUAUGGAAGAUGGACUCCUAAAGUCUUCAUACCUUUCCCAGGACAUCCCCGUCCUGGCGACAGAGGUCAGCACCGCAGCUGCCUCUAGGAAAAAGAAGCCCAAGAGGUCCCGUGAGCAGUUAAGGCCGUGCCGGGACCUCUCGGCGCCUGGGGAAGCUCCGUCUGUGUUAGCCUCACUGGUCAGACAGCUACCGCAGAAGCGACAGUCUCUCGCAGCAGUUGGGUGUCGAAGCUCACCGCUGCCAAAGGUUCUUCACAAAACCCACGGGAGAAAGCGAGACCCCAUGAAGAUGGCAGCUGCCAUGGAGCGGGUGAGGCAGUGGGAAAGUCACCUGCUCCAAAACCUUGAGGAAGCCACGUGGCACCGCCUCACUGUUGAAACUGAGAAUAAGAAACCAGUGACCCAGGUUAACACAGAAGACCAGCCAGAGGCCUCCCCCGAGGUCCACACAGGGCCUUUGUUUCUUUGGACACGUGGCCACUAAAUAUAAAGCUGGUAUUACCCUUACAAAUGUUUGUACCACCCACUUUAUUAAAAAAUUUGUUCUUUUAUUGUAAAACUGUAAGCACUCUUACUUUCCACUCCCACCCUUGCCUCCUGUUUUACCCUACCCCUUCUUCAGGUGCAGGGACAUGUGUUCUGGCUUCUCUUAGAGAAGCUAGAGUGGAGUCCGUUCAGUCAUGGGGGAACCUGAAAACUGAGUUGGAAAAUCAGUAUACACUAGAUGCCAAGGGCAUAUAAGGUCUAAGAAGUUCCAAGAGGCAGGUGAGAAGGUUUAAUUUUAAGCUUGAGGUUGGAUGGAAAGUAUUUCUUCCAGUUUGUGUCAGAAUUAGAAGCAUUUUUUGGGGAGGAUUAACAGCCUUCAGAAAAAUCAGGAGAGUGGCUGUAGACGGAUAGUUGUAGGCUGACAGCAGUGGUCACUGGGAUAGGGCAGUAGUUCAUCUUCCCCACUUCUAGGAGGGGAAGAAGUUACUGUGUCAGAUGGCUCAGCAUUUGUAGCUUUAUGAACUUCCUUGUAAACGGACUAUCCACUUGGCUCAUUUUAUUUUUCUUAUAAUUACUAAUAGGUUAUAAAAGUACCAGUUUUGGGAGGCAGAGGCAGAGGCAGGCGGAUCUCUGUGGAUUUGAGGCUAGCCUAGUCUACAAAGUAAGUAUAGGACA